CAUACCAUUCGUUCAAUUAACUGAACUUCUCCGAGUUUGUAUUUUCAGUUGCUUUGUUUGUAGAUAUUUGUAAGACUAAAAUUUGCUAGAAUUUGUUAAUAAGAACCUCAGUUUCUUAAUAAAAUGUCAUCACCGAUAGAGGAUAGUGUACGGCGUAACAGCGAGACAGAAAGUGGGGGCAGCGAGACUCCAGACCACGAUCCUCACUACGAGCCCAUCGUAACCCUGCCGCUGGUGGAAAUACCUACGAAUGAAGAGGACGAGGAAGAACUGGUGAAAAUUCGAGCGCGGCUGUACCGAUACGAUACUGUCGAUCAUGAGUGGAAGGAACGUGGUACAGGAGACAUUAAACUUCUCCGACACAAACUGAACAACACAGUGCGAGUAGUGAUGCGACGUGACAAGACCCUCAAAGUGUGUGCCAACCACUUCAUUACCCCUGACAUCCGAAUGAACGUACACUGUGGAUCGGAUAAGGCAUUCAAUUGGUCUGUUUUUGCUGAUUAUGCUGAUGAAACUUGCAAGCAAGAGCUACUGGCUAUUAAAUUUGGAAAUCCACAGAAUGCACAACUUUGGAAAACUAAGUUUGCCGAAGCACAAGAAAUUGUACGGACCAAAUGUAGCCUCUAUUCGCAGUCUCACGAACCAUCAUCAGACGAAGAAAGCAGCAUUACCAGAAGUGAAGAUACUAACACUCCGGAGCCAAAGGUCUUGGAGAACUCACCGAACAAAGAAAAAAAGGGAUCGGGUUUAGAAGAAAAAGAAUCCGAAGGUGUGGUACUGAAAUUAAAAGAAUUAAAAGUUGACAGUGGGAAAGAUGAAUAAUAAAAAUAAAAGCCUACAUAUGCAUUUUAAGCAUAAUAGUAUGUUAGGACAAGCUAGUGUGAAGAUUUUUUGUUUUAAGCAUUUUUUUAAUUCAUGAAUUUAAUUAUAUGGCCUUAGGGUUGGACGUCAUUAAUCAGUAUGAAUCGUCACUAAGUCGCGUACUAACCUAAACUUCAAGUAAUAUGCAUAAGUAGUAUAUUACCACCCUCUGAAAUUCCAAAUUUAAAUAUAAAAGGCAUAAAAUAUAAACAAAAUAUACUCUGUUUUUUUGCCAAGACAACAGAAAAAGUUCAUAGCGCAAAGGUGUUGCCCACUUACAAGCAGCUUUUAUUGUUCAUUAGAACAUCAUAACAUUCACUAGUCAUAUAUUUUUAUGUAAAAUUGUAUCUUUCACAAUCUCGGCAACAACUAUAUUAACUAUUUAAAAUUUUACAAAGACUGGCAACUUUGCAAAUGUCAUUUUACUUCAGACUGGCUGUACUUAGGUUUAGGUAAGUAUAUCCUGCCUAUUCUGAUCUUUGGUUAUUUUUUAAUGUCAUAUUUUACUCGGGGACAAUAUCAUUCGUUCUUACAUUGAUUAAUAAAAACCUUUGUGGAUCAAUUUGACACCACAUAAAAUAUAAGUUAUUAGUGACAUUUGUGUUGAGAACUGGGGUUUCAACCUUUGGCUUAUUUUACAGAUUAAGUUUUUUCUUUCUUUAGUGAUUCAUUCAUCAUUUGUGAAAACGAAGCAACGAUUUUAAGCAAUAAUAUUCGAAUUUUCACAUAGAUAAAGUUGUUUUAAAUCAAAGGGACAAUUUUUUUACUGUUAAAUUAGUGUAAAUGGACAUUCAACAACCAAAUACGUCAUUAACAGAUUCAGGCGUUACUUUGCGGAAGUCCAUGUUAAUAAAAAUGGAAGUAAAUUAACUUCCAUUUUUACUAACCAAAUACUUGUUAGUAUCACACACUAAGCAUACUCUCCGUAUUUUACAUGUCUGGCAUUGUCUAUAACAAAUUCUCAAAAUAUAAAGAUAACAAACAGCUUUUAUAACAGAUGCGGUACUGACGUGCUGAUUGAUUAGUAUGUACGAACCUUACGGCUUCCAUUCCGUACUGCAGUAAUGUAAAUUACUGCAGCACGGAAUGGAAGCGAAUUUUUGUAACUACAUGUUGCACGUUUUGCGGAGAACUGUCACCCAGUCUCGGGAAUUCCCGCAAAAACUUCGUUUCCCUUCCGGUCCGCGGUAAUGUAAUUGACUGUGUCCAUUUAUUCUACUUUAACAGCAUGAAAAGGAAAUUAGGAAUUGGACUUGUUUCAGCUUGAAUAAGCAAAAAAAUUAUAUGUUACAUGUAUUUAAAAGAUACGUAUGAUAUGUAUUCUGCAUUUAUCACAUAUCGUUUAGGUAUAUUUUAGGUUAGUCUUGUGUUUUUUUUUAUUUCUCCAAUAUGUUUAUUUUGAAGGGAUCAGAGAAGAAUCUGUUAAGUUACGUGAAAUAUACAAGGCGUUUAUGGAAUCUUUACCAAAAUGUUACACUUCUAUUCAUUUAUGUUUCAAUUACAACAAACAAAGCAAUUUUGACUAUUUAUAUAAAUCGGCGGAACAGUAGAUUUGAGAUCGAUGCCAACGAAAGAUUUUUAUAUUGGCGGUUCUAAUAUGGAAUUGAAAUGUAACAUUAUCAGAGUUAGAAGAAUAUCGACGGCAUCUACGUAUACUAAGCAAUCUGCAAAUUAUAAUUUUUAAGAACAGAAAGUGUGUUUUUGAUCUGUUGCACCUAUAGAAUGAAAGUGAUCCAACACAAAAUUCCAACUUUUUUGGAUUUAAUUUGAAU